AUGUGGAGGUUACUUGGCUUAGUUGCUCUGGUUUCUGCGCAAACUGGUGGUGGUUCUGAAAGUCCUCUCCUAGACAAGGUCACCAAUAAUAGGCAGAAGAAAUUGUUAUUUUUCGACGAACAAGGAAAUUUAGUGAAGACUUAUGCAAACCGAUACCUCUAUGACUUCGGAAACUCAAUUGAGGAAAGACAUCCCUUACUUUUUAAUUAUUUGAAUCCGUUCUACAGUGUGUUGCGGCCAAACAUAUUUGGAUCAACAAUUAUAUACACUAUACCGGUAUCCAAUGCUGUUCUAACACAACUCUACAAAGACCCAUCCUAUCAUAACCAAUUGAUCGUGGUACCGACUCAAAAGCCUGACGUCGAACGAAGCCCACUUUGCGCGAAUAGAAGAACACAGAUUCCGUCCCCCAAAACGUGUAGCAACUUCCUAAAUUGCUGGGACGGCUGGGCGUGGGAACAGGAGUGUCCUGCGGGUCUUCUAUUCUCCAAUAAUGGGUACUGCGAUUAUCCUUAUAACGUGGAUUGUAACAACAGAUAUAUCAAAGAAGAAACAAAAUCCCCGUGCAACAAGGACUUCGAAGCGUUCAAAAAUAACGAUAACUGUCAAGAAUUUUUUGUGUGCGUACACAGACUGCCUGUAAAGUUUCAGUGUCCAACUGAACUUGCUUAUAACGAGGAAUUAGGCAUAUGCGACUACCCCGAGAAGGUACACUGCAAUACCACACAUGAGCUUGAAGCUACAACGCCCCAGCCGGUAGAAGUCACAACUUCUAAUGAACCCUCAACAAAUGGACCGACUACACCCUCAGACAAGAAGGUCAUAAUCAACAAGACGGAGUAUAACAGCCAGAGUUGGAAAUCACUGCAAAUAGCAAUCUCUAGACAGGACGCGAUCAGGCAGCUACAACUAGAUCAACUGGCACAUAUUCAUACUAGUUACUAA